CACGCACGCAAGCGCAACGGCCGCAGCCGCCGCCGCUGUCAGCAGGGCGCAGGGAGGCCCUUAAGAGGGCCCUGCGCCGCCGCACUCACGCUUGGCCCCCAUCCAUCGCCAUUCUCGCUGCUCCACACACCAUGGCGCCCUCUGCUCUCUCCUCGUCGCCGCCGCCCGCGUACAAGACGCCGCCGAACGGCAUCGCCGGCACCGUCGGCAAGUUCGCCGCCGCCUCGCUUGACGAGCGGCCGCGCGCCAAGUUCCUGCCCAAGGACUUCAACCCCUACCACAACCCGCUCGAGGUCACCGAGACCGAGGCCGACGCCGUCUACCCGUACCCGCACCUCAAGCCGUGCUUCCCCGAUGACAUCAACACGGCCCCGUACACGCCCAUCCACAACUUCGUCGACCGCGGCACGCACGCCGACCCGCAGAUGCGCUCGCUGCUCGCCGACGCCAAGCUGCAGCACCUCACCGUCAACAUCGGCUCGGAGCUGAGCGGCCUGCAGGUCAAGAGCCUGACGCCGGCGCAGCGCGACGAGCUGGCGCUGCUCGUGGCGCAGCGCUGCGUCGUCGUGCUGCGCGACCAGGACCUGACGCCCGACGAGCUCGUCGAGUUUGGGCGCUACUUUGGCGCGCCCGAGCGCCCGCUGCACCAGCACCCGAGCUCGGGCGUGCCGCGCACACGCAAGCACGACGACGUGCACGUCGUGUGGCACGACGAGAACAUGAAGCCGUCGGACCUCGCCUACACGGCCACCGAGCUGUACCACUCCGACGUCUCCUUCGAGCUCAACCCGCCGGGCCUCACCGCGCUCUACAACAUCACCAACCCCGUGCACGGCGGCGGCGACACGCUCUUCAGCAGCGGCUACGGCCUCUACGACGCGCUGAGCGAGCCGAUGCGCGCCUACUGCGAGAGCCUGUACGCCGUGCACUCGGGCGUGGCGCAGGCCGAGGGCGCCAGCAAGGCCGGCCUGCACCUGCGGCGCCCCGCCAUCGAGACGGUGCACCCGCUCGUGCGCACCAACCCCGUCACGGGCUGGAAGAGCAUCUACGCCAACCCGGCGUUCACGACGCGCAUCGAGGGCGUGCCGCGCGCCGAGAGCGAGAUGAUCCUCGCGCACCUCUACGGCCUCAUGACGACGAGCCCGCAGCUGACGCUGCGUGUGCGCUGGGAGAAGGGCACCAUUGCCAUCUGGAAUAACGCCACGUGCAACCACUCGGCCACGUACGACCACUGGCGCCCCGACCCGUCGUGCCGACGCCACGCGCUGCGCGUCGCCGCCACCGCCGAGAUUCCGAGCCUGACCCUGCCCGACGGCAGCGAGGGCCGCAGCCGGCAGGAGGACAUCUGGGAGGAGCAGGGCCUCGACGUCGCCGGCAUGAAGGAGCGCGCCAAGCAGCGCCCCACCGGCGGCUUCAAGGACUGAGCGUCGUCCGCCGUCGUCACUCGGAAAAGCUUGCGCAUUUGCAGCAUCAUCACACACAUCUCUCAUGACCGCCACGUGCCUUCCACUCAUACCAUCUGUACCAACACCAUCGCUGCUCCUCACUAUUCAAUCGUAGCUCUAUUGCACAUC